AUGAAGUUACCUACCAUCCGCCGCUUAAGACACGCUUCAACACCUCUUGAGAUUCGCCAUACUAUCCGUCGAGCGCUUGUCUGCCCAGACACGUCCAGUGUAUUUCGUCAACUCCUCUGGCCAUUCCCUUGGCACUUUGCACUCCCCAAACCCCUCUCGGUACAAGAGCUACAAGCGGCGCCUGAAGUCAUUGACACCAGGCAAUCCGGAAUACGCCACCUGUUCGAAAUUCCUCUUUUCCGCAUGCGAGACACGCCUCUCAGAUCUCUAUACCGACUCUACGACGACCUUUGCGCGAAUCGUCUCAUCCUCAUAUCCUACGAAUGCGAGUACAUACUUCGUCGAGGCUCUGAACGCUGGCUGCUGUCGCGAAUACCAGAUCCUCAGGAUAAUGAUCCCGUGCGCUACGCUAUUCUCGCGAGCUUAGAUGAAGCACUGGUGGAUGUGUUUAAUUGGAAGUUGGAGCUGGGCAUUCGUCGUGGCGGUCUACCAUGCGACCAGUCCGCCGUGAGGGCUUCAAACUUUACGAGGGAAGCAUGCCCGUGCUGGACCCAGAACGUUGCCGGGCUGGGACAGCGAGUUCAUCUGAUCAAUCGGGACAGUGAACCGUUUGCGAAAGCAGAUGAGAGCUUUCUGAGGAGGAGCAUUGAGGCCACUACGGGAUACAUGUAUAUGGUAUAG